AUGAUGCAGAUUUUCGAUCUACGACGACCCGUGCCUCUCAUGAGGAAGGAUCAAGGAUACGGUUUCCCUGUGCAUAAGCUCAUUCACAUGACGACGGCAUCACAAGAAAAGAAGAUCCUGUCAGCGGAUAAGCGUAUCAUCAAGCUAUGGGAUGAAGCGACGGGAGAUCCUUGGACAUCCGUGGAGCCUAUCGUGGACAUCAACGACGUUGCAUGGUGCAAGAAUACUGGUAUGAUCAUGACAGCCAACGAAGGCAAGCAGCAGCAUGCGUUCUUCGUUCCCCAACUAGGUCCCGCUCCUAAAUGGUGCUCAUUCUUGGACAACAUGGUCGAAGAAAUGGCGGAAGAGGUGCACACCGAAACAUACGACAACUACAAGUUCUUGACACUACCCGAACUGAAGCAACUGAGCUUGUCCCACCUGGUUGGAAAGACAAACCUACUUCGACCUUACAUGCACGGAUACUUUGUUGCCUCCAAGCUGUACGAGCAGGCUAGACUGAUUGCCAACCCAUACGUCUGGGAAGAGGAGAGGACCAAGCGUAUCAAGGAUAAGGUCGAGAAGGAACGCGCAAGCAGAAUCAGGGGUACUAAGAAGGUCAAGGUCAACCAGAAGAUGGUGGACAAGAUUCUCAAGAAGCAGGAGAACAGAGCCGAGGUUGACACCAAUGUUGGUGUUCUUGGUGAUUCCCGUUUCAGCAAGAUGUUUGAGGAUGAAGCCUUCCAGGUGGAUGAGACCACUGGAGAGUUCCGUGCUCUCAACCCAAGCACUGCGGUGGGACAGCAGGUUGAUUCGAAGGCUCCGGCCCGUUAUCAAGGCAAGGAUUCGGACGAUGAUGCGUCCAGUGACGAAGAUGUGGAGAAGGCAGUCCCAGCACCAAGGCGAAAGACCAAGGACGAAGACGUUGUCAUGCGUGUGUCGUCCACCAGCAACCAGGGACGGGCUGUCAAGGACACGGCGCUUGGCUCGAGACAGCAAAAGUCGGGGCGCACUCACCAGGCCAGAGGAGAAGUUGUUGGCGAGCGCCAAGUGUCCUUCAUUCCAGAGUCAAGGAGAAAGCAAAAGAAGAGAGAGGAGGAGCUGCCUGCUGAACCCCGGGACAAGCGAACGGGAGCUGCUCGACGCAGCGCCAGUGGCAACACGUUUAGACGAAUCUAA